AUGGGACGAUCGUUUAACUUUGGGUUAUCAGGGUUGAUAUGGGUGGUGCAGGUAAUCGUGUUGGGUAUUCUAGUAAUAUGUUGUAUUACAGCGCCAGUAAUUUCGCGGUUGGGCUUUUCUAAAUACCAAGAUGUGACGUAUGGAGUGUUUGGCUAUUGUAGUAGGGAUGGUAAAGAGUGUUCCUCAGCGUCGGCUAAUUAUCAUGCGGAGAGACUGAGUGAUAAUGGCGAUUGGAGGUUUGGGAAUGGGUUGCGAUCAAAGUUGUCACCGAUUUUGUUAGUAGCUCCGAUAGCUGCUGGGUUUACUCUAUUAGCGAUUUUGUCCAAUUUUACUUCUCAAUUUCGGGUGGUCAACCGUCAUGCGGGAAUAUUUGUGAGCAAUCUAUUGUGGACAGGGCUUGCAUUUCUUUCGUCUGCGUUACUAUGCGUUGUGGUGUGGCUCUUGUUUUGGCCGCAUCUUACGUGGUGUGCCUACUUAUUGGUAGCAGCAGCGGCAAUCCAUUUGGUAUGCAUUCCCUUAACAUAUCUAGCCCACUCGCAAGUCUCUCAGGACUAUGAUGAUGAAGAUGUGAGUGGCCUGAAUGGCGGAGUCUCACGUCACAAGUACUUGGAACAGGAGGAAGAUUUUUCAAACGCCUUCAACGUCAAUGAAUUUCAAAGAACCGCGGCUGACCGAGAUUUACCGCAGCCAGGCUACUAUAAGGCGUCACAAGGAGGAGGAAGUGCUGUUUCUGGGUCCUCCAAAACAGAAUUUUCGGGUAUGUACCCAGUGCCAAACCAAACUCCUCCACAAUCAUACUUGAGGUCGAAUCCGGCGGUGACAAAUAGACGCAGUUACAUUAGUAAUGAGAGUUCACACAGCACUAGAGAUCCGCCAGUAAUGGCAGCACCAUACCCCUUAUCUUCCUCGGGUUCACUGGCACAAACAGGAUCUUCUCAGAAUGUAUUCGCAGAUCGUGUCGGUGCAAGCGCCGUCACGGCGCCCUAUCCCGUUACAUCCGGAGUUGGCGUGGCUGGUCAACAACGCAAUUAUCAGGGGAGCGGUGGUCAAACAGGCCCUGGUGUGGCUGCUCCUACAGGCAAUUCUAAAUACUAUGCCAACAGCUAUAAUGGUCUUCAGCCCUCCCAGCCUUACUCAGCGAUUAACAACCCUAGCUUAGUGGCAGGAGGUUCUAGCAAUAACCUUGCCGACGGGAGUAGGUCCCAGUUAAGUCAUCUUCAGAGGCAAGCUAGUCCAGUACUACCAUCUGCCGUCAAUGGCCCCGGUGGUUUAAGGAGCGGGGUUUCUGAUGGAGCUUUCACACCUUCAUCUUCUAACUACGAUGCUCAAACAGCUUCGGCAAAAGUGAGGAAUAUACAUCAUCCGAAUUACGUUUCCAAUGCCGGUGGACCUCCAGGUGCUCAUUCUAAAGCGCCCCCGGUCCCUGGAUUGCCUUCGAAGGUUGACUAUCCUCUCCAGGAUUUUGAUGACGAAGAAUUCGUCCGGCAAAACACUAUAGACCCUGAAGAACGGCCACCAGUUGAAGAUGACGAUGGAAUCAAGGAUGACGGGUCCGACUUUACAUCGGUGUCUCAGAGGGGCGUUAAUCCUGGCUACUUUGUUGGUAAACAGGCUCCUUAUCCGAUUCAACACUAUUCGGCACCACCUUCCCAACAACAGCAGUACUACCAGGAUCCAAAAAUAGGGCCCUAUAAUCAACCAAACACACCAAUUUCUAGUGGGCAGCCACAGUACUUGUCUCAGAGCUAUCCUAGCCAGCAGCAAAGCGGAUAUUACUCUGCACCUCUGGGACCAGCACAACAUAGAGAUCCGGAUCACUCCGACAUAUUGUUACAAAAUAAUCCGGAUUUCAUGGUAGGUGGUGCUGCUUCUAACAAAGCCACGAAAUUUGGCAGCCAAAAAUCUCCUGUACAAGGUGCUUCUUCACCAAACCCUCAAGGACUCUAUUACAGACCCGCAUACAAGAAAAGAAUUCAAAAGCAGAAAAAUAUGACAGCUGCUUCUAUGAGUAGGGAUAGUCCGUAUGGCGGUAGAUAA